AUGGUUGUAGUUUCAGCUGCAUACGUUCUAAACUCCGGUGCUGAUUAUUAUACAUCAUACAACGAAAUUACAAACAAAACACGGAUGACAUACCCCUGGCAUAUAACUCGUACGACGUGUCAUAUAGUAGCGUACACAGUCAAUCCAUUUCUUCUUAUACCAGUACUUAUUCAUCUAUUGGUAACUUAUCGUAAUAUUGCAAUAAAAAGUGACAAAUUAAGGAAACUGUUUGUGGAAAAUCACCAGGACAUGGAAUUGGGUAUUGCUGAAAUAACAGAACGGUCUGAAAAAUUAUUUUUCUUCAAUAAAAAUGUCAAUGAGAGAAUUGAAGUACGACCUGAAGUGAGACAUGCGAAUAUUUUUGCAACUGUUUAUCUUGCAUGCUGUUUGACUUGGUCAAUAGGCACUGUUUAUUACGUUUUUAAGACUAGAGCGCCAGUCUUAGCUGAACUUGGUCUGUAUUUAAAAUGUAUUGCACAUUUGGUAUCCUACGCAACACUGGUGUUAUUCAUGUGGCAGACGAACGGAAUUAUUGACGAAAUGAAAGAAACCAUCACAAUGAGAUUGAGUUUAAAGUUGUUAAAGAAGGAAGAGCCAACUACUGAUAUCGCUGCCUUACAAGCUGUACUGAAAUACAGUGAUCCGUAUGCAGAAAUAUUCAAAAUGAAACCCUCAGUGCCGGGUAUCGUUAUAACAGUUAUUUCAACUGGAGCACCUAUAUUAGUGUCAUUGAUUAAGAAAGAAAUAUUUGGUGGCAUAUGA